AUGGAGAAUUAUUUAUUAAGUUCGCCGACACAACUAUCACAACCAUAUGAUGAUGGUACAAAUAGUUUACUAUUUAUGGAUAAUUACGAACUAUCACAAAACUUGUCUCAACCUUUAGAUCAACAUUUACAAUCACUACAACAACUGCAACUGCAACUGCAAGCACAAGUACAAGUACAACAAGAACCACAACUGUUGAAUCAACACCAACAAUUACCUCAAAUACAAUCAUUUCAACCGAUGGUAAAUAACCAACAAUAUGUUCAAGAGACUUUCCAACAAUUAAGUCAACAACAACAGCAACAACAACAGCAACAGCAACAGUUCCCACCAUUUCAACAACCACAACUACAACAACAAUUUCAGUAUCAGUAUAGCCAACAACAACAACAACAACCAGGAACUAUUGAAGAAGAAAUGGUACCCAUUAGUAACAAUACUAAUAUUCAAAUAAGUAAAUUUUUUGAUGAUAACAAGGAUGAUGAGGACAAUGUCAAUUCAGGUGGAUUAAAUGAUUUCAAUCAUUCAAGAAAUAUAUCACUUGAUGACACCACUAUUACUGAUUUGCAUCGACGUGAAAAUUCUAUAAAUCCACCUACAGGUUUACCUCAUUCAAUUUCCUCAAAUACUAUUUAUUCAUAUUCUUCAUUUGAAUCGCCACAAUCCCAUAUUCAAUCACAACCACUGUAUUCUCAAGGUUAUUAUAAUCAAAACAGUUUAUCAACCCCAUUACGAAGAAAUAAAUCAUAUUCCAUAUCAUCAGUAACUUUCAAUCAAUCACCAGUCAAUUUGGCAACAACAGCAAUGAAUAAAAUUAUGAAAACUCCUCUUCGAGGUCAUUCACGAUCGAGAUCAAAAGUUGAUACUAAUACAGCCAUUACUACUGCUAUGAAUUUAGGUCAAGCUACCAAAUCUAAUUCCACAUCAUCAUAUAAUUCCACUUUGAAUCCAUUUUAUACUCCUUCACAACAAUUAUCUUCUACUGAUGAUGAUGAUAUUACUACUCCAUUACUUACUCCAGCAACAAAAUUACGUACUUCAAAAUCAACAUUUUUCAGUCCAUUUAAUAAGGAUGAUGUUGAAGAUCAAGAUGAUGAUGCUGUUAAACAAUUGCGUAAAGCGAAAUCUUAUACUAGUUUGUUACGGAAAAAGAAAAGAGAAGAUGGAACUCCUCUGAAGCAACAACAACUGCAACAACAACUGCAACAACAACAACAACAACAGCAGCAACAACAACAAUCCCAACAAGGUCAACAAUCAUAUAAUGGUCAAAUUCAAAAUCUUUCAUUUCCAAAUUCAUCAUCACAACCUAAAAUUGAUUUAUUAGCAUAUGAUCAAAAUCCAAUGACAUCAUAUCCACCAAUGGAUAAAAAUGUAUUGAAAAAUUUAAAUCAAUCAAUUUCACCAUUUAAUAAAUCAAAAUUAUCACCACCUCCAAUUAAUUUCCCUUCAAUAUCUAUUGAUUUAACUACUAUUGCCACCAAUAAAUCAAAUCCAACUUUACAUAAUAAUUAUAAUGAAAAUACUCCAUUUAAUUCUAUCAAUUCAACUUCUGGUGGGUUAUUACCUCCUAUGGCCACUUUUACUGUUCCAACAAUAAUCAAAGAAGAAGUACAACAACAAGUACAACAACAAGUACAACAAGUACAACAAGAAGAAGAAGAAGAAGAACAAAUGGAGAUAGAUUCAAUUGAAUUGAAUGAAAAGAAUUCUGAAUCAUUAUCAUUAUCAUCAUCAGCAUCAUUGGUGAGAUCAAUGAAAAUGACUAAUUUGGGAAUACCUAAUGAUGAAAAAAAAUCAUUAAAUGAAAAUAAAAAUGUUAUAAUUGAUGAUAUUACUAUUAAUCAAGAGAAAAAGAGGAAUUUAGUUAUUAAUGAUGGUAAUAAGAAUGGGAAUAAAAAUAAUAAAAAGAUUAAAAAGAAAAACAAAAAUAAGACUAAAGAUAAUAGCAAUAAGAAGGGGAAAGUGAUGAUUGAGAGUGUUAAUGUUAAUGAUAAAGAUAAACAUAAACAUAAACAUAAAGAUAAAGAUAUAAAUAACAAGAAUGAAUGUCCUGUUAGUAGUAGUAGUAAUGGUGAUAAAACUAAAAACCAUGUUAGAAGUAAAGUUGGCCAUGAUAAUAGCAACAAUGGCAAUGGCAAUGGCAACAAUGUACAUAAUGACGAUAAUUAUGAUGAAGACGGCGAAGACGGAGAAGAUGGUGAAGAUGGUGAAGACGACGAUAAUAAUGAUAAUGAUGAUAAUGAUAAUGAUGAUGUUGUUGAUGUUGAUAAUGAUAAUGAUGAUGAUGAUGAUGAUGAUACAGUGACAAUACCAAUACCAGAAGAUUUAAAUGUCACAAAAGUCAAAGUUCGUAAUAAUCGAUCGAAAUCAAAUGAUAAAUCAGAUCCAAAGAAAAAACAUAAAUGUCCAAUUUGUGAAUCUAGAUUUCAAAGACCAGAACAUGUUAAACGUCAUCUUAAAAGUCAUUCAUCAGAAAAACCAUUUGAAUGUCAAAUAUUUAAUUGUGGUAAACGAUUUAAUAGGAAAGAUAAUUUAAAAGCUCAUUUGAAAAAAAUUCAUAAACUUUCAAAAGAACAUGAAGAAUUUACCAAAAUAUGA